CGCACUCGAAUGUCGCGAUUUUGUUGAAACUGGAAUAUGACGUAGUUCACAUAAAAUUAGAGGAGGUUUAAGUCACUAUUUUACUGGAUUUAAUUUUGUUUAAGAAUACCCAGAACAUAUAACCAGCUAAUUAGCGCUUAUCGAUAUAUUUUAAUCCGUGAAAAUACAACGUUUCAUAUCUUGAAACAGAGAUAAAUAGAUUUGCGCCAUUUUCAUAAUGAACCGUUCGUUUAGUCUCCUUUCUUGUCACGCGAUACAGAAUUUAUCGUUUGACGCUGCGUUUUCAUUUUUUUCUGUAAACUUCAUCCUCUCUGCUUCGCAGUCCUUUGCCAUUCUUUCUCUUCGUUUCAUUGUUUGUUGUUUAAUUCCUUAGUGCGUGAAUUUAUUUUAAUUUUUAAAAAUUAUGUCAUGGUUCCAUAUUUUCCUAUGUUUGGAAGACGUUCGAUCGGGAGACCAACUGUUAUUUUCCCGAUCGAAAUUAUAAAUAAUUCCCGUGGGAAGCGCAAUGUACAACCGAGGGCAAGACAAUUUCUAAUUUUUCUGUACACAAUGGAAACCAUUCGCAAACAUCCCAAGGGGACACGAUGCAUUGAGUACACGUGAAAGAAUUCGCAGUAAAGAGACACGUUCCAGUCGUUCUAAAGUCACAAACAGCUUAAAUGUCGUCCUGAAAUUAAAAAAAAAAAACACUUAAAUGAAACAAAAAGUAAAAGGAAAUUUAAGCGAAAAACUAAUAGAACAAAACUUUCACUCACAUAGCAACCGUAAGCUGCUGACUCUGAAUUACAUCCCCGAUCUUUCCACAUCGAAUAAUAAUAUCCGACUAACUUGGACCGUAUAAACAUCGCGGAUAAAUCAUUCCUACUUGCCAUCGAUUACACGAACGAAUUCCUGUUCACAUCUGAUUCCAUCGCGGAGUUUGUUGUGCUUACGCCAUUUCGAGUCCGACCAGGCAACUAUCGUAAAGCAGAAACAAAGAUUAUCCGUGCGUUUUAUCUGAUUCCGAGCCGACAUCGAAUUUCCCUGACGCGUCACAGUUCUAUGAUUUCCAGACUUAGCUAAUCACGAAUAUCGACUCGAUCCCAGUUGCCAUUGUCCAGCUACCGCGAACCUUCGCGAGCCAUUAGCGGCGUGAGCGAUGUCGGGAUUGGAAUUUAUGGGGUCGUUAUGGUUGUUGCUGGUGGUCUGCGUUUUAAGGGACUCGCACAGCCAGCCCAUUGUCGCGAUGGACGACAAUCCUCUGCUGAUAAGGCCGCUGAACGUUUAUCAGAGCAUGAUCAAGGGUGUUCACGAUUACUUCAAUAAUACUUGCAUCAUACUAUUUCAUGGUUCGAUGAAUGUGAUCGAAACGAAAGAACUGGAGGACAUCGAGGGGCUGCUUGGCCUUCAGAAGUUCCUCAGCGGGGCUCUGAACAUACGCACCGCGAUCAUGGAUUUUAUCACGUUCAGGGACAAAGUGGGAAGCACUUAUUAUAACAUUAAGCGGCCGUUGUUCGUGCUGCUGAACGAUCUGGAUGAAGUCAAGGAACAAUUCGUUCUGGUUUCUCAGUGGAUUGCAAUGGCGUACCCCACGUGGCUGAUCUUUCUAAGGAACGACAUCGAGAUCGAAGACUUCCUUGGGGAAGUUUACGUUCCUUUCGACUGUGUACUGAUGGUCGCACAAGCGAACCCUGAAGGAGGUGGCGAGAUCGUCAGAGAGGUCUACCGCAUAGGCAGGGAGGACCACUUGAGGUGGAUGGACUUUGGCACGUGGAACUCGACACACGGUUUCAAGGGACCUUUAGUAGGACUCUACCAGCGAAGGCACGAUCUGAAGGGACGCAACCUCAGGGUCGUUUCUAUUCAUGAUCCUCCAGUCUCACGAUUCGUCAAGAACGAGGUCAAUCACACGGUUGGGAUGGCUGGCUUCUUCGGCGAGGUGAUCCAGCUGCUGCAAGAGGGAAUGAAUUGCACUGCAUGCAACUCUGAUGCAACAAAGACGUAUCAUCGAUGCAGGUUCAGUUAUCAGGAGGCCAACUCGUGGGGCGUGCGGUUACCGAACGGCACGUGGACAGGUUCGAUGGGGAUGCUGAUGGAGGACGAGGCAGACCUCGCGGCCACCGAGCUGAUGAUGACGUCCGACAGACUGGACAUCGUGAAAUUCACCACGCCUGUCUACUCGUCCAAGUGUCGCGUGUAUAUCAAGAGACCAGACACGACGACGGUCAAAUGGAACGCGUACUUGGCUCCGUUCGCUUUGAACGUUUGGAACGCUAUCGCGUUGACGAUCUUCAUCACGGGGAUAUCGAUUGCCACGAUCGACGCCAUAUUUACGAAGGGAGUAGACUCCGACGUGGUGGAAUACCGAUCAUCCUCUUCGACGAUCUCCGAGAUCGUGUUCUUCGUCUUCGGCGCGUUUUGCGGUCAGGGGAUGGAGCCGUCCCCGCUGGACCCGAUACGGAUGGUUCAUCUGAGCAUCCAUGCGACGGCGGUCGUGGUGCUGGCUGCUUAUUCGGCCGCGUUGAUUAGCUUCCUGGCUAUCAAGACGUUCGCCAUGCCGUUCACCACGAUGGCAGGAAUGCUGGAGGACGGUAGCUAUCGGUUUGCCGUGGUCGCCGAUUCGGCUGAUUACAGUUUCUUUCAGAACACCAGCGAUCGAGUGCUGACCUUCAUGUUCGAGCAGCUGUUGACCGGCGAGAGCGAUCUGCCGUCCAAUUACCUCGACGGCUUGAGUCGCGUUUGCCAGGAAAAUAAGUACGCGUUCAUGACAUUGGACAAUAUGGCGGCCGUUCUCCAAGGAAGAGUCGACUGCAUCCUGGAGCCGCUAGACGUAAUAGCGCAGACCACGAUAGCCAUGGCAGUGCCUGCGAAUAGUCCUUAUCGCGGCAUCAUCGAUGCCAAAAUUUUACUACUGCGCGACAGCGGCAUUCUUCAGAGGUUACUAGAAAUAGAAUGGGCCACGGUCUCGAGCAGGCCGACAGCUGGCUGGUCGUCGGUCGAGCUGGAGGAUGCGAUGCCUCUGCUCAUCUUCUUACUUAUCGCAUUCAUAAUAACCUGGGUACUGCUACUCGUCGAACGCUCGAUUCACGAGAAGCACGAUAGAAGCAACGCGAUCGACUCAACUAAUCCAAUAUGCAAGGAUAAGGAAAAUUCUCAUCCAAAUAAAAAAUUUCGAAUGAAGAAUAAAAGAUAAAUUAACCCUCAAUAUGUGUUGUUUAAUCAAAUUCUUCACAUUACAAUUAAUAACUAGGUGACGCGUUUGUCGGAAUGAAAAUCAUUGUAUCCCAAGUCCCUUGCAUCUUCUUCCAAAUAUUUAGGAAGAAAUAAUAAAAUUUCACCAUUGUGUCGAAGAAAUUACACUUCUAACGGGUUGCACUUGUUAUAUUUAAAGAUCUUGUUACAAGUUCCCAGCCAUUGACUCGCUAUUACUUGCGACGAAAGAUUGUUCGAACUUGUAAUAUUAAUUUGGACGAAAA